CCAAGGGGGGUUCCGGGGGUGGAGAAAACAAUCAGGGUGAGAAAGAUGACGUAAGUCUCUACGGCACACCUAAAGAGGAGAUCGGCCCCGGAAUCUCUGAGGCCAAGGCUGGGUUCAUGAGGAAUCAACUGGAAGCCCUCUUUCAGCCCUCGGACAAUAAAUUAGCCAUGAAACUGUUCGGAAGCAAGAAAGCACUUAUGAAGGAAAGGAUUCGACAAAAGGCCGCUGGACACUGGAUUAUACAUCCAUGCAGUAAAUUCAGGUUCUACUGGGAUCUGUUGAUGCUCCUGGUGCUAGUGACCAACCUGAUCGUGCUUCCAGUGGCCAUCUCCUUCUUCAAUGAUGAUCUCUCCGCACGGUGGAUUGCCUUCAACUGUCUUUCGGACACACUCUUCCUACUAGACAUUGUCGUUAAUUUUAGAACGGGUAUAAUGCAACAAGACAAUUCAGAACAAGUGAUCCUCGACCCUAAAGAAAUCGCUCGCACCUACAUCCGCACUUGGUUCUUCCUGGACUUGCUGAGCUCCAUCCCCUUCGACUACAUCUUCCUCAUCUUCAACCAGGGUUACGGAGAUAAUUAUCAACUCUUGCAUGCAGGCAGGGCGCUCAGGAUACUGCGCUUUGCGAAAAUGCUCUCCCUCCUGAGGUUGCUCAGGUUAUCAAGGCUGGUGAGAUAUGUCAGUCAAUGGGAAGAAGUCUAUUUCUUCAACAUGGCUGGUGUAUUUAUGAAAAUCUUCAACUUGAUAUGCAUGAUGCUUCUGAUAGGACACUGGAGCGGUUGCUUGCAGUUCCUUGUGCCCAUGCUCCAAGGGUUUCCUCCGAACUCCUGGGUCGCCAUUAAUGAGCUUGAGACCGCCCACUGGUUCAAUCAGUACUCGUGGGCGUUAUUCAAAGCCAUGUCCCACAUGCUGUGUAUCGGCUACGGACGGUUCCCGCCCCAGAGUCUGACCGACAUGUGGCUCACCCUGCUCAGCAUGAUCAGUGGCGCCACCUGCUACGCACUCUUCCUCGGACAUACCACUAACCUCAUACAAUCCUUAGACUCUUCCAGACGACAAUACAGAGAGAAAUUGAAACAAGUAGAAGAAUAUAUGGCGUACAGAAAAUUACACCGAGACUUACGCACCCGUAUCACAGACUACUUUGAACAUCGAUAUCAAGGGAAGUUCUUCGACGAGGAGAUGAUCCUUGGCGAGUUAUCCGAAAGACUUCGAGAAGACGUUAUUAACUACAACUGCCGUUCGCUGGUAGCUUCGGUUCCGUUCUUCGCGAAUGCGGAUCCGAACUUCGUGAACGACGUCGUCACUAAGCUAAAAUAUGAAGUAUUUCAGCCGGGUGACGUCAUAAUUAAAGAGGGCACACUCGGCACAAAGAUGUACUUCAUACAAGAAGGCAUCGUGGACAUCGUAAUGAGUAAUGGAGAAGUCGCCACCAGCUUAUCGGAUGGCUCCUACUUUGGAGAAAUCUGCUUGCUGACGAACGCCCGACGUGUGGCGAGCGUUCGGGCCGAGACUUACUGCAAUCUGUUCUCAUUAUCGGUAGAACACUUCAACGCCGUCCUCGAUCUCUACCCAUUGAUGCGUCGGACCAUGGAGUCGAUCGCCGCAGAGAGGCUGAACAAGAUCGGCAAGAACCCGAGCCUGGUCUCCAACAGGGAAGACCUCCAGACUGACCUCAAAACGGUCAGUCUGUUGCUCCAGAGCGCACAGAGCGACUCAGACGACUCCAACAAAGGUGCACCCCUCACCAUGGGAGGACACCUGUCCGUGGCAAGGGGCAUGCCCAGACCCAAGUCCGAGAGUUGCUUUCCGCGCAUGGACCUCGGGUUUCAGGACACUUCAGCACCAGGUUCCAUGCACAGGUCCGAGACCUUCUAUCAAGCGACAAGCUUACCGAACACGGAACAGGUCUUCCAGUCCAUGUUCCAAGCGUGAGGUCCGCAUCCAGAGUGUGUCCAACUGUCAAUUAUUCGUCACCCGGAAUACAUCUAACAGUCAGCCAGUUGGUAUAGCAAGAGUGUGUCCAACUGUCAUUGUUCCGAUUCUUAACACUGAUCGGACCAAUUGGUGCUGCUGGAUUAGUAUUAUUAAUUGACUGAUUGUAUAUGUUUAAGAACUUCAACGCAUACUUAGCACCCAGGAAUUAAGACAGGAGAAUCGCAACGGAUUCCGUUCCGUUUCUGUUGUCUGUUCUGUCGUAAGUUCUUCCUGUAACCAUUUGGAAGGGGUCUUUUGUUGACCCCGUUAUCGAGCACUCUUAGUAAAAAAAAGAGCAAUUACUGCAUUCUGUAUUUUAGAUCUG